AUGGAUAGCCCCGCGGACUACUCCCUCCUGGCCCCCUUCCUGUGCAAAGGGGAUCCCGUGCUGCACCGGGACGACGCAGACAGUGAAGCCUCCCGCCAGCGCUUCAGGCAGUUCCAGUACAUAGCAGAAGCUGGGCCUCGGGAAGUUUUCAGAAAACUCUCGGAGCUCUGCAGUCAGUGGCUGAAGCCAAGGAUGCGUUCUGUGGAACAAAUCCUGGAGCUGCUCGUGUUGGAGCAAUUCCUGACUAUUCUGCCCACCCACCUAGAGGCCAGGGUGAGCACUUACUGCCCAGAGAACAAAGAAAGACUCUUUUCCCUCAUAGAAGACUUACAGAGAGAACAUGAGAGACCAGAGUACCAGAUUGACAUAGAUGACACGCUCUUUGAAGAACUGCCACCAGUGCAAACAGAACUCAUGCCACCACACAGGCACUCGCGGUCACCUGCACUCCAGCUAAGGGGAUCUGCCCAAGAGGCCUUGGGGGCAGAGGCGUGGAUCCCACAGUCAGGGCAGCAAGAGCUGAACUACCAUGCUGCUGGCAAAUGCAAGCCCUUUCUGGAUCCUGGACCUGAAAUGCUGGAGCCUGACUGGAGCUUCCUGCUGGAGCAUGGAGGAGAGGAACUGUUGGGCUCCAAGAGAGGAGAGAGCUCCGACUGGGAGGAGUCUCUCAACCUGAGAGUCCUCAUGCCAAAGGUUCCCAGAGAGAAAUCUUACCACUGUGGUCAGUGUGAAAAGUGUUUUCCUUAGAGGCACCAACUUGCUGUUCAUCUGAAAACUCAUUCAGGAGAGCUAGGUUACAAGUGCUCCGUGUGUGGGAAAAGGUUCCUUCUCAGGUCAGAACUUUAUCGCCACCAGCUCAUUCACAAGGGGGAGAAGCCCUAUGAAUGUGCUGAGUGCAAGAAGCAAUUCACUCACGGGGCACACCUUGCCAUGCACCAGAAAAGACAUUCUGAAAAAAUGUACCAAUGCGUGCAGUGUAGGAGGAAGUUUCUGCAUAAGUCGAGUCUGAUGGAGCACAUGAAAACUCACACAAGGGAACAAUCUUACGGGUGCUACUGUUGUGAGAAAAGCUUUAGCAGUUGGACAGCUCUCAUUCUACACCAGAAAACACACACUGAAGAGAAACCAUUUGCAUGUGAUCAUUGUGAGAAAAGAUAUAGGCAGAGAUCCAGCCUGAUGGUUCACAUGAGAAUCCACACGGGGAAGCCAUACAAGUGUAGCCACUGUUCUAAAAGCUUCAGAAAGAAAUCGGGCCUUAUUGCACACCAAGCUGCACACUUUAGAGAAGAAUUCCCUGAGCACGUCGAGGUACCUGGGUUCUGCACAGAGUGA